GCGAGUCAAACUCACGCCAGCGGCUCUUCAUUUAGUCAUUUAACCGAGAAACUCACUGACAGCCACCGUCACCUGCCGAGCCGUGCGUGUUUGUGCUUCGGCCAUGCGGUAAAAGCGGGAAGAAACACAGAAACAGUGGAGGAUCUGUGAGCGCAAUGCAGAGUCCAGACAUGAACGGAUACACCGGAGUCACAGCGCAGUCCUCACAGAUAAACGGUCAUGGCUCACUGUCUCCAGAUAUUCCUGCCAAAAUGUCGGGUGGUAAAGCUCUGUACGGAACAGAUGGAGUGUAUUUCCUCCACACCUCUGCCAAACACAAAAAGAAAGAGCAAAGGAAGAACUACACCAAAAACAGCAUCAACAGCCUAACGGACACAUCACAGUACCAUGUGGAGCAUCUGACCACGUUUGUGAUGGACCGUAAGGAGGCCAUGCUGACCAUCGAGGACGGCGUCAGAAAGCUGCGUCUGCUGGAUGCUAAAGGAAAGGUUUGGACGCAGGACAUGAUCCUGCAGGUGGACUGGAAAGCCGUCAGCCUCAUCGACAACGACAGCAAGAACGAGCUGGAGAGCUUUCCUGUGGCCUCGAUCCAGCACUGUCAGGCCGUGAUGAACGCCUGCAGCUACGACUCCAUCCUGGCGCUGGUGUGUAAGGAGUCCGGCCAGAGCAAACCGGACCUGCACCUGUUCCAGUGCGACAACAUCAAGGCCAAUUUGAUCCACAUGGACAUCGAGAGCGCCGUCAGCGACCACAAGGGCGGGAAAGUCAAGAAGCGUUCGGAGGUGCUGAAAAUGAUUCUAAAGAGUGACGGGACCGUCCCUCCGCCCCCAGGAGGCCCCGCCCCCAAGCCUCCAGGAGCUGUCAAUCAAACGGAUGGCAAGAGCCGUGUGGACAGUUGGACUGCGUGGACCAAUAAGCAGCAGGAGCAUGAUCCACAGAGAGAUUACACAGAGCUGGAUGGCUCUCCUGAGAUGAGCGCAGCGCAAGUGGACAGAGAAGUGCAAAUCCUCAAUCACAUUCUGGACGACAUCGAACACUUCGUCACCAAACUGCAGAAAGCCGCCGAGGCCUUUAACGAGCUCUCAAAGCGCAAGAAUACCAAGAAGAGCAAAAAGAAAGGACCCGGAGAGGGAGUUUUGACGCUGAGAGCUAAACCUCCGUCUCAGGACGAGUUUAUCGACUGCUUCCAGAAGUUCAAACACGCCUUCAACCUGCUGGGGAAGUUGAAGAACCACAUUCAGAACCCCAGCGCUGUGGAUCUGGUCCACUUCCUGUUCAAUCCACUUAGACUGGUGAUCCAGACGUCUGGAGGAGUGGAUCUGGCUAAAAGCGUGAUCGUUCCUCUCCUCACCAGAGAAGCCAUUGACUUCCUGCACGCGGCGGGUUCGGCGGAGGAGAGACACCUGUGGGUUACGCUGGGAGACGGAUGGACCAAAUGCAGGUUGGAGUGGCCGAAGGAUCACCCGUUUCCUCCGCACACGCUGUGUUUCCGGGACGGCUGGGAGCCGCCAGUGCUGGUGUCUCGUGAGCAGGACGUGGCUCAGCUGGCAGAGAGGCUCGGCGCAGUUCAGAGACCUGUGGACCAGCCGGUGGUCCAGGACUUCCCCGGCGCAGACGGGUACGGCUACAGUCACACUUCUCACAAGCGUUUGCACCUGCUGAAGCCAGACAUGGCCGUGGCUGCUUUUAAACACGCGGUCAGCCGUCAUGUAGAUAGGAACCUUGAGGCUCACAGCCGGACGCAGAGGAACUUUGCCAAAUCCAGAUACGACUUUGUGGCCAGAAACAACACUGAACUGUCUGUGAUGAAAGACGAGGUGGUGGAGGUGCUGGAUGACAGGAAGCAGUGGUGGAAGGUGCGAAACGGGUCGGGGGCUAUAGGAUAUGUGCCAAACAACAUCUUGGAGAUCAGAAGAGCAGUGGACAUGACGGGCCGCGGGGAGCCCAUCUAUAGCCACACCAUACAGCUAAUGAUGCCAAAAAAGGAAUUUGAGUUGUUUAAGCAAUUACUGGGCGAGUUAAACGAGAAGCAGCGCUCAGAUUAUGUGCCCAAACCGGCGGUGACGGAAGCCCCGCCCACCCCAAAACAGGACACACCAACGGCCGACGGCCAGCAACACAACAACAGCAGCAGCGAGAGCGACGGCGUGACCAUGAGAGAACAUCAGAGAGAGAGACCCGCGCCUGCCAGCCGCCGGAAGUCCAACAUGGAGGAGGUUCAGGACGAGCUGAUUCACAGACUGACUCUGGGCCGCAGCGCUCAGAAGAAGUUCCAGGCUCCGUCUCGCUCCUCCAGCAGCCUGCCGGCAGUCAACAUCACGUACGACUCCACGCCGGACGAGGUCAAGGCCUGGCUGCAGCUCAAAGGCUUCAGCGAAGUGACUAUCAACAGUCUGGGUGUACUGACCGGUGCUCAGCUCUUCUCUCUGAACAAAGACGAGCUGAAGACCGUCUGUCCUGAUGACGGCGCUCGAGUCUACAGCCAGAUCACCGUCCAGAAAGCCGCUCUCGAGAGGAGCUCUGCCUCGGAGCUGCAGGAGGUCAUGAGGAGGCGGCAGGAGAAGCUGGCGGCGAGCGAUUCCGGCGUGGAGUCCUUCGACGAGGGGAGCAGCCACUGACCCCUCUCUCACCUCUGUCACCUCUGACCUUUUACAGGACGCCGUGGAGCGCGCUCACUUUGCCGCCAUAAUGCGCCGUCGCCAAGAACUCUUGGACCCGUCUGAUAACGGAUCGGACGCGGACGAACACGCGUGACGAGAUGCGAGAGGAAGUUUGCUUUUUGUAGAGAUGUGAACGUUGCUGCAGCGUUCUCCGUAGGUUCCUGUGAGAACAUCAGAGCCAGUAUGUAACGUUAGUCUAGUGCCAUCGAGUUCUGCCUUCAUAAUCCAACAUCCUGGAAACAUUCAUAUAUAUAUAUAUAUAUAUAUGCAGUCAUAUUGUACUUUUACUGCUCGGACAGAAAACAUCUGUAAAUAUUCCCACACGAUUGGCUGGAUCUUGGACCAAAUAUCGAUUACUAUUGUUCCUCACAGACACUUCUGACUUCUUGAAGUUCAGCCAGAUUAUUUAUCAGCCGCUUUGAAUGUACGUGGAGACUACUCUCAUUUUUACUAGCAAAAUAAUAUUUCUGUACACGACUAUUUUGUACUGAAUCGUACUGCCAAAAGAGAAGCUUUAUGGAAAUGAAAUGUCCGUUUCUGUAGAUCUGACGUUUGUUGCGUUUCACAAGGACAUGUGACGGGUUUUGGGCCAAAAUCCUCUUCUUCCUCUCUCUGCAGAUCUCAUUCUAAUGAUGAUAUUGAUGCCAUCAAACCUUCUGAAAUAUAAAUGACUUCUUGUAAGCAUUGAUUAUUUUCUUCUCUGUCCCAGUAAUGUGACCGAUGUUUGACCAAAUCAAUCUCUGGGUUCAAGGUUUCUGUUUAAACACAAAUGUAAAUAUAAAGUGUGUAGAAUAAACGGAAUCAUGUGACCUUUGUGUGGCGUCCAUGAUAAAAAGAUGAAGAUCAACUCUCAGACCAGCAUUUUCUACCUACAGCAAGAUUCGAACCUGGA